AUGACUUCAUUUAUUGACUCUGCUUAUGCAACCUAUAUUUCUGAUGACAGUCCUAAAUCAAUCUUUGAAAUUCCUGGCUCCAAAGAGGUUGCAAUUGAAAUUUCGUCCUUCUCCAAGUUUGCCGGGUUCACGGGAGCUUGUCUUGGUUGGACGGUAGUCCCCGAAGAACUCUUGUUUUCAGGUGGGUCUCCUGUCAUACACGACUUCAAUCGCAUUGUUUGCACCUGCUUCAAUGGAGCAUCCAAUAUAGCUCAGGCUGGUGGACUAGCAUGCCUUUCUCCAGAAGGUUUCCAGGCUAUCCGCACAGUGAUCGACUACUACAAGGAGAAUGCGAGGAUAUUGGUAGACACAUUUGCCUAUCUUGGUUUAGAAGUUUAUGGCGGUGUCAACGCCCUGUAUGUUUGGGUGCAUUUUCCAGGUUCGAAAUCAUGGAAUGUAUUCGCAGAAAUUCUCAAGAAGACUCAUAUAAUAACAGUGCCGGGGUCUGGUUUUGGUCCUGGUGGAGCCGAGUACAUCCGAAUCAGUGCAUUCGGAAAAGAAAAGCGCAUCAUAGAAGCAUCAUGGAGGCUGGAAAAACUUUGCUCCAAGAGAGUACAGUAG